AUGUUGUUUGGACAAUACCACGGAACCUUUUCUAGGGUUUUCUGUGGUUUGUUUCGGGAAGCUAGAGCCCUUCGUACUGUAUUUUUGUCUGAUGCAUCAUAUAACCUGGAGGAUGUGUUGCCUAACUUUUCAAAACUUGUCCAUCUUCGCUACUUCAAGCUAGCUGGUUUUGGUGAUGACAAGGGCUUGUGUGUAGCUGGUGUGCUGUGUAGAUUAUAUCAUUUGGAAGUCAUUAAUCUACAAGGAUGGAGGGGGCGCUUUGGUUCAACAAGGCAUAUUAGCACCCUUGUAAAGUUAGGUCAUUUUGUUGUGCCCCGAGAAGAACUUCAUUCUGACAUAUUUGAGGUGGGAAAACUAAAAUUCAUCAAUGAGUUAAAGACAUUUAGAGUGGGACAAGAAAGCAACAUGUUUGAACUGAGUCAACUAGGGAAACUGGAAAAUAUUGGAGGAUUGCUUGGCAUUUACAAUCUUGAAAAGGUGCAAUCAGAAGAAGAAGCAACUGAAUCAAGACUGAUACACAAAAGCCACAUGCAAGAGCUAAUAUUAGAAUGGUAUGUUCAGCGAUCUAACAGGGAUCCUACAUUUGAAGAAAAUGUUCUUGAACGCCUUGUACCACAUAGCAAUCUUCAACACCUAUACAUUAAAGGGCAUGGAGGAACUAAUUGUCCAACAUGGCUAGGUGUAAACCUCUCCGUAAAGAAUCUGGAAUCUCUUUAUCUGUAUGAUUUGUCUUGGGGAAACCUUCCACCUUUAGGAGAGAUGUGGAUGGUCAAUGAUCUUGGUGCAGUGUACAAGGACUGUAUCUUAGGCCAAGGAUUUCAAAAUUUGAAAAGGCUAGAAUUGGUUAAAAUACCAAGAUUGAGAAAAUGGGUUGGGGACAACAAUACUUGUCAUUUGUUCUAUCACUUGGAAGAACUCACCAUUGAAGAUUGCUCUGAACUUACCGAGCUGUGCUUUCCAGAUCUUAGUUGUGGUCUGCGACAGCAACAGAAGAGCAUAUCUUGGUUUCCUAGACUAAAGUCUCUCGGGAUACACAACUGCCCGAAGCUAAUGUCAUUGCCUCCAAUCCCUUGGACUUGUGGUCCGUGCUCCGCUGUGAUAAAUAGGGUGGGCUCCGGUCUUGAGCGGCUAGUUUACAAAGAAGACUCAACUUCAUCACUUGAAGUGCAGGGAACAUAUGGCCAGGAUAGUGUGUUCUUGAAUGGGUUGGUCUUCUCAAAUCUAACUUAUCUGAAAACAUUGGUGAUGCAAAGUUGCUCUCCUCUGCUGCUCGAUCGCCUCCUAAUGCUAAAAUCUCUGGAAUCCCUCCAGAUAAGUAACUCAAGUAAUAUAUUAUCCAUGGUUGAAAGCGUGGGCCAUGUACGAUGCCAGCUACCUAUCAAAAGGUUAAGUGUCGAGCAAUGUGGUGGCAGCGGCAAGGAAUUGACACUACUGUUCUCUCUUAUGCCAGAGCUCACCCAAAUAACAAUAGGGCGUUGUCAGGGGAUAAAAUGGCUCGGUGUGGGACAGUCAUCAGUAUAUUCUUCUGCUGAACCAUUGCAUCAGGUGGGAUAG